UUUCAUUUCAUUACUAUCCGUUAUCAUUCUAAGCCUUUCUAUCACUCAUAUCUCAUUCUCAUUCUCCAUUUGUAAACACAAGAGUUUCAUAGCAAAGAUGUUGGGAAUUUUCAAGGAAAAGUUGAUCAAUGCACCCAAGGAGCUGAACAGUCCAGCUUCUUUGAUUUCUCAAACAAAGCCUAAGCAAAGUCAUGAAAUCCUCAACAAUUUCAUGUCCUCCUGCACCAGUUCCUCCUCCAAUCCUUUCUUCAUGAGCUUUGGAAAUGAUGCUGUGCUAGCCUAUUCCCCUUCAAAGAAACCCUCCAUUCAUCAGAGGCUGUUUAGUGGUUUGGACAACAUAUACUGUGUUUUCUUGGGUAGCCUGCACAACCUUAGCCAGCUGAACAAGCAGUAUGGGCUGUCAAAGGGAACCAAUGAGGCCAUGUUUAUCAUUGAAGCUUAUCGUACCCUUCGCGACAGGGGUCCUUACCCAGCAGAUCAGGUCCUCAAAGAACUUGAAGGAAGUUUUGGAUUUGUGAUCUAUGACAACAAGGAUGGAACAGUUUUUGUUGCAUCUGGUUCUGAUGGCCAGGUUGGGCUCUUCUGGGGUAUUGCAGCUGAUGGUUCAAUUGUCAUUUCUGAAAACCUGGAGCUUGUAAAAUCAAGCUGUGCUAAAUCAUUUGCACCAUUCCCAACUGGGUGUUUGUUUCAUAGUGAGCAUGGUCUUCUGAGCUUUCAGCAUCCAACUAAGAAGAUGAAAGCAAUGCCUAGGAUUGACAGUGAGGGGAUUAUGUGUGGAGCCAACUUCAAUGUUGAUUCUCAAUCAAAGAACCAGAUGAUGCCUCGUGUUGGAAGUGAAGCUAAUUGGGCUAUUUGGGGCUCUGAAGCUUGAUUAAUUUGAUCAUAAUCUAAGUUAUUUUCUUUUCUAUUUUGGGUUUUAUUCGUUUUGGCAAGGGCAACUUAAUAUGAUUAGAGUGGUUGACUUCUAAUGUUUGCUUUUAGGCCUUUUGGAAUAUCUAGCUUUUCUCGUUUGGCUCCAUUGUUGUGUACAUAUCUAUGUAGCGACUAUGGUAAUUUCCACUAUGAAUAACAGAAAUUUGAGUUUUCACUUA